AUGUCAGCUAGAGUGUUUUCGACGAGCCUGAGUUUUCUUCCCAAGUUCACCAGCGCCGAUGUGGUGAAGAGUGUGGAGGUGCAUUUGUCCACUAAAGGGAACAAAUUGGACAAAGGAUACAAGUUCUUCCACGAAGAGUUUAUCCACAAUUAUCAAGUUUUAAAUAUACUCCAGGGACAGGUAGUAGUGAGAGGUAAAUGCUUCAGGUCAAUGAGAAAGAGCGAGGAGCCUCACAAACUGGAGAUAUCACUGGAUGUAGAGAGUGCCAACCUGAAAGCUUUCUCCUGCAGUUGUGCGGCUGGUAAAGGAUUCUGCAAUCACAUAGUUGCCAUCCUGUACCAGACCGCACAUUAUUCACAGCUGGGUCUGCAGGCUGUUCCACCCCCACUGGCCUGCACAAGUGGCUUGCAAAGAUGGCACAGACCAAGAACAGAGGGAAUCCAUCCUGAACCGGCUAGUGAGCUGGUGGUGCAAAAGCCCAAAACAGUUGGCAAGGAUGGUCUGAGGUCCACACUGUACAAGGCAUAUACAGGACCACUGCCAGAUCCAUAUAUGAUGGCAUCUGGAAGCAAAUUAAGCCAGGUGCAGCCCCAACCUCUCAUGGCUGUUGUAUUGGAUGGGCUUUCUGAGAUGGAGUUGACGCCAUCUAAACUUGGGUCUGUCCCUCGUGGAUCCCCCAUGUCCUAUCACUGUCCACCCAAGAAGUCCAGUGACCUCCUCCUACACCACAUGGCUCCAGAAUUUCCAUCCCUUCCUUUGAUGCAGCACAUUUUUCCCAGGUUGCAUUUUGUCCCGACCUUGCAUCAGUUUAUGCAUCUCCAGUCUCUUGAAGUGUCACCGCAGCUGUCCUGUGAGAUAGCAAAAGAAACUCAGCAGCAAUCCAAAUGUCCUGCGUGGACACAGCUACGGCGACCAAGGCUGACUGCUAGUCGUUUUUGGGAUGCUUGUUGUAGUAGGGCGUGUCGUGCAGAGCUGGAGUCUGCAGCUAUUCAGAUGAUCAGAGGCUCCACAAAGCAAACAGCUGCAAUGAAGCGUGGUCUACUAGUGGAGCCUGAAGUACUGGCAAACUAUGCUGAACUGUUGCGAGUUAAUGUGUUACCAGCAGGAUUCGUCAUUCACCCUGACGCACCACAUCUCGGGGCCAGUCCAGACGGUCGGGUGUAUGACCCUUCAGAGUCACCUCCUUUUGGCCUGGUUGAAGUGAAGAGCAGCACAAAAACUGAUCCAUCUCAGGUUGCUCACCUCAAGGUGCAGGAAGGCCACGCCAGUCUGAGGCGUUCACAUAAGUACUACUGGCAGGUUCAGGGCCAACUGGCAAUCACAGGAUUGACAUGGUGUGACUUUGUUACCGAUACCCGAUCAACUUUAACCGUGGAAAGAAUUUGGCUUUGUCUUAAUGUUAAUGAUCUGUAA